AUGGCAUAUCUUCUUCUUUAUGUCGAUGACAUCAUUCUCAUCGCUUCUUUUGAUGAUCUUCGCAAGUCUAUAAUAUCACGACUCAGCUCUGAAUUUGCUAUGAAAGACUUGGGACCACUACAUUAUUCUUUGGGUAUUGCAGUUACUCGACAUGAUGGUGGUUUGUUCUUAUCUCAGAAAAAGUAUGCAAAUGAAAUUCUUCAGCGAGCAGGCAUGUCAUCAUCCAAAUCAUGUCCCACUCUGGUUAACACUAGACCGAAGCUUAGCACCAAGACUAACACUUCCUAUGAAGACCCAUCAUUAUAUCGUAGCCUUGCUGGUGCUCUCCAAUACCUCACUUUCAUGAGACCCAACAUCACAUAUGCGGUGCAACAAAUAUGCCUUUUUAUGCAUGAUCCCAUGGACGAUCACAUGCACUCUCUUCGACUCAUUUUGUGUUACAUUCAAGGAACUAGUCACUACAGUUUACAUUUAUAUCCAUCAUCCACUACAUCAUUGAUUUCUUACACAAAUGCUGACUGGGGAGGAUGUCCCGACACUAGACACUCUACUUCAGGCUAUUGUGUUUUUCUUGGAGACAACUUACUAUCAUGGUCGUCUAAACGUCAACCCACACUGUCCCGAUCCAAUGCUGAAGCUGAGUAUCAUGGAGUUGCCAAUGUCGUAUCUGAGUCAUGCUAG